AUGGAGUCCAAAUCUUGCCUCAAUAUCUUGGCAAGAUUUGGAAUGAAACCAAGGAGCCCCCUUUUGCCCAAAUAUUUCGCCAAUGCAAGAUUUGGGCGCUGGCAGCCUUGUCAAAAUCUUGCCGAAGGGGGGGGGUCAAUAGCGCUGCACCGUCCCAGACCGUCCACAUAAUCAGCGAGUGCGACCUGAGUUCUUGACGUAUCGCUCCCAUCAAGGGCUCCGACGAACCCUAUGGUGAAGGGUUUGCUGUUCUGCUUGCUGGUUGUUGGUUGUCGGUCGGGACACGAGCGGUAAAAAAAUCAUUUGGCAUCACACCAAACGUGGAGACUCCCAAACGUCACGAGAGGGCAACAAAGCCGAAAAAAGCCCGCGUUCUGACAGAGGCGCGACAACAGCGCAAUUGAUUUAUCGCUCCCUAGGCCACCGAUUGACGACAAACCGGUCAGGGUGUGCUCUCCGUUUCUUGCUCUCCUUCGGAGUGGCGUGGCUCAGGAGCUCGCACGCUCAAUCGACGGAAAUCGUUGUCUGCGUGUGCGCACGCCAUCCGUUGAAAAAAGUUUUCAGGUGUUCAACAGGUAUUCUUCUGCGGCGUCCCUAUAUGGGGGCGCCAAGCGUCUAGGCCACCUCAUCUACCGCUGCUCUACACCCAGACCUCCCUCGCGUUGCCCACCCCACACCCUACCGGAUAAUGACAGUCCUCGUAUCUGUCGCUCGUCGCGUUGUAGCUGUCCGCCAUGUAAUUUCCAGCAGUUGCACGAUACCCGCUACUGCUGUAGCCCGAGAGGCAUCAUCAACUUUGCCAACUCUGGUCUGCUGCCCGCGCCGCUCGCUGUCAACGGCAUCUCCCCGAGGAGGACCACGUAGAGCAGAGGGAAGCAGAAGAAACUGCUGGUUGCCACCUACUGGGCGAGAAGUCUCUGUACAGCUGGGUGGAGCCAGCAGGCGGAGCAGCAGCAGCAGCAGCAGCAGCAGCAGCAGCGAUUCGGGAGGCUUGGCAAAACCUCUCCUGAAACCGAUGAGAUCGGUGCUGUACACCCCGGGUUCGUCGAGACAUCUCUACAAGAUCAGGGAGAUCGCUUGCGAUGCUUCGCUUAUUGACUUGGAGGAUGGCGUGGCCCCGGAGGCGAAGGACAAUGCUCGCGAGAGGGUUUGCUCUGAAGUCGCGAAAGGGGGUUACGGAAGAAAAGCUGUGGUGGUGAGGAUUAACUCGCUUGACUCGCCCUGGGGGGAGGACGACAUCAGGGAGGUGGCCAAGCUUACAGUUGACGCCGUCGUCAUACCGAAGGUGGAAAGUGCGGCGGACGUUAAACGGGUGGCGGAUCUCCUCCGUCACCACGGAGCCAAAGACACCGACUUGUGGUGCAUGAUCGAGACCCCUCUUGGCGUGACAAGAGCCAACGAGAUCGCUUCCGCGCACGAGACCGUGUCGUGCCUAGUGCUGGGCACGUCGGACCUGACAAGAGAUCUGCAGGCGAACCACACGCCCGACCGCACUCCGCUUCUUUACAGCCUGUCCCGCUGCAUCUUGGCGGCGCGUACGUACGGCCUGCGCUGCCUCGACGGCGUCCACCUGGACAUGACGGACGCUGAGGGCUUCGAGCGUGCGUGCAGGCAGGGCAGGGAUAUGGGCAUGGACGGGAAGACGCUGAUCCACCCUAGCACGGUGGCUGUCGCGAAUUGGUUUUUCGGCCCCAACGCCAGCGAAGUAGAGCAGGCCUACAGGGUGGUGGAGGCGCACGAGGAGGCGGCUGCGAGGGGGGAAGGCUGCGCCGUCUUGGACGGGAGCCUGGUGGAGCGCCUGCACGCGGAGAACGCUCGACGGAUAAUCGAGCUGCACGAAUCGAUUGCCGCGCUUGAAGCCGGGCAAGAGGCGGGCACGUAAUCAAGCGGCCUGCUGGUGGUGGUGAGAGGGGGGGGCGUUCUCUACCGCGGUGCCCCCGACCUAUCGUGCUUUUGCUCGGCUGAUAUCUGGGUGCUUUUAGGGGCGGUGGCAGAGCAGGGAGGUCGGAGAGACGAGAUGGGAGUGAGGUUCGCCUAUCUAUCAAUGUGCUUUGUUCCCAUUAAGUUAUCAUAAACUGCAAGUGUGACGGAGCGGAGAAAUUAUGUCUGGUAUACAAGGCAAAUCCCGAGGAGAGCAUCGGAGGGACGUUGUUCACGAUCUGUCGGCUUUCCGAAGGCUGCGGGCAGCACUAGGAUUUGUUUUCUUCCCGCCGUCGGCAUUGAUAGAAAAGAGGAUGUGCCGGUUCGUCGAUUUGGAGAGAGACAGAUGUGAGGCCGAGGACGACUUGUUCCCCCUGCAUCAUGUAUCAGCCAUGGCGGUGGUGGCACUAAUCGAUUCGUUCGAACGGUUGUCCGUACUCGCGGUUUACCGGCAGGCCGCCUGCGAGGCGCUCGGAUUAGAGGAUUUGCAAAGGGGCAUGCAUGCUGGGGGCGAUGAAACCCAAUCGUUGUUCAUGUUGAAGCUCGUUUAAUGGUGUACACAGAGAGAAUUCGUUCGUGGCAGGUAUACCCCCAAACGAGGGGUGAGGGGGGGAAGGGGGAGGGGGGCUGUCAGAAUAAGUGAUACUCACCUGAGGUUCGUUUGUAGCGGGGGCUGACAGCUGUAUUUUGAUCUAUUUAGUCUUGUAUAGGAGAGAUUGGCGUAACCAUAUUUUGCUACUGCUGUCGUUGCUUUUGUGUGCCGUGACGCGUCCUGUUGUUGUCUCCGCUAUGUAUGCCAAGUUUUUUUUGCGUUUUUUCCGCGUGAAACACUCUGAUUCUGAUGGAGCUUGAUGGUGCCCGCGUCUCCUUACCGGGACUGAUUAUCUGUCGGUGUUUUAUCUCGUCAGAAUGGUGCAGUCCUUGUUGACGACGAACAGGCUUGCCUGCGUUGAACAUGACGAAAACAUGCGGUAGUUUUUGUUCAAGACCCCGUGUUACUACCUGAAUCCGACGUGAGACGGCAAAAGCGUGUCCCCGAAACCAAGAGCUUGUGUUUAUUUUUCAUCGAACGCCGUUCGGUGUCUGUCCUCGUUGGCCUAUCUUCCAGUAAGGUCUACAGUAGUUAAAAUGAUCAGACGAAGAGAGUAGAGACGUUGGGAGUACAUAUUGCACUCUUUUUUUAUGCUGCAAAGUAGGUCGCAAAAUAUACCACACCCGUUGGACCCGUUUUGAAAGAUGGGUUGAUCGCUGCGGCACACAAAGUGAUGGUGGUGGUGCGGAAACGGCGGCGGCGUUGGAAACGGCGGCGGCGUUGGAAACGUCUCGCUCGCUGAGAGCUUUCCAAAAACAUGUGCGUAUGAUACAUUUUGGCAUUUGUUUUUGCAUCCUCUUCGUUCGUCGGUUGGUGAG